AUGCCCAGCUCGUGCAAUGAUAUCCGAGAGGCACUGGCCCAAUGUCUCCAGGAAUCGGACUGUAUCAUGGUCCAGCGUCACACGCCGCGAGAAUGUCUCAGCUCGCCGCUUGCCGAGCAAUUGCCCACGAAAUGUCAGCAGCUGCGCAAAGGAUUUAGCGAGUGCAAACGCGGCAUGGUCGAUAUGCGCAAACGGUUCCGCGGGAACCAGCCCCUCGCGGUGUCGAAGGAGCUGGAGAAGUCAGGUCCCUCGGAGCAGCUGUAUGCUGGGAAGCCGGCGUAUCAGACGGUCAAGGAGCUGAAUGGCGAUGAGGUGCAGAUGGAUCCGGAGAAGACGAGAGGGCUGUGA